CAUACCUUGAACAUCACUCAAGUCUUCACCAUGCUUUCCCAAAUCAUCACCUUUCUCGCCCUCACAGGGGUCGCAACCGCAGCUCCCAACCCCAGAGCAACAAAGUGCACAUCCUACACGAUUAUCAACACCCGCGGCACAGGCGAAAUCCAAGGCCCCUCCGCUGGCUUCCGCACCAUGAACUCCCAAAUCACAUCCCAACUUCCUGGCGGCAAGAUCUACAACACCGUGUACCCCGCGGGCUACGACCAAAACUCCGCGUCAGGAACACAAGACAUCAUCCGCGAGGUCAAGAGCGUUCUCGCGUCUAACCCUAGUGAAUGCUUCAUUCUGGAGGGGUACUCCCAGGGUGCUGCGGCGACGGUGAAUGCGCUGUCGCAGUUGACUGGUAGUGCUGGGGAUGCUGUGAAGGGAGUGUUUUUGAUAGGUGAUCCGUUGCAUAGGAGCGGGUUGGCGUGUAACGUUGAUAAUAAUGGGGGGACGACGACGAGGAAUGUUAAUGGGCUUGAGGUGCUCGCCGGAGGGAGUGUUCCGCAGAACUGGAUCUCUCGCACGCUUGAUGUUUGCAUCUUUGGUGAUGGAGUUUGUGAUACGACACAUGGCUAUGGGAUCAACGCUCAGCACCUUAUGUAUCCUAAUGAUGCGGCGACUCAGAAGCUUGGAACGACUUUUGUUGUUAAGCAGUUGAGCGGGUAAGGGAGUCGAUUUGUCGGAAAAUUUUUGUUUUUGUGUAUCUGGUAUCGAGAAUGGCGAUGUACAUAGUAAUUUAACAGUCAAAGUUGAAGUCUCAACGGCCCCCACACGAUAACAACAAGCUCUCUCCGAGGUCCACUGACGCAUAUAAA